CGCCAGCAGCUGUGCGCAUUAAUUAGGAAAAUAAAUAUUCGUAUCGUGCGAAAAAGAAAAUUGACUAAAUUCAAACGUAAGACGAUCCGAAUGUGGAAUACUCAUAUAACUGGAUAUGAGCGUCUGAUAAAUACACUUAGUUGACAGUCACGCCACAAGCUCGCGUCGCCUCGCAACGGUUUCAAAAUUGAGUAUAGAAAUUGUAUUAAACAAAAAGAAAAUUUAUUGUGUUGCAAUUAAACAAGUUACGAUAAUACGCGCACAUGCAUACAGACAGCCACAUUCUCACACACAAUACUUAGACAAGUCGAAACAGGGACAGAUUAUUUUGGCACACACACGCGCUUAAAUCGAUGCUGAUAAAGUGCAGAAGAACAACCAAAUAAAUAAAUAACAAAAGUCCAAUAAGAAUCAAAACAAUCACAACCAUCGUGUCAGUGGAAAUGCAAAUUUAAAAUGAAUGACGAUCAAAACUCGAAUGCCAAACAACAGCUGACAAAUUCCAGCCCAAAUCAAAAUCAAGCAGAAUCAUGCCCGCUAUCAUCAAUGCCUGUUGCUGCAAGUGUGCGACUGCCCAUUGUGGGCAUGACCUGUCAGUCAUGCGUGCGCAACAUUGAAAGCCAUGUGGGUCAACGGGAGGGUGUGCUUAAGACGCGCGUUGAGCUGGAAGAACAUGCUGGCUACUUCAAUUACGAUCCAAGUGUCAUUAGCGCCGCCGGCAUUGCCAAUGUCAUUGACGACAUGGGCUUUGAGUGCAACUACCAGGCGGAAACGAGCCCGGCCAGCGCCAGCGCCAAUAUACGCGUGUUGGGCAUGACCUGUCAGUCGUGUGUGCGCAACAUCGAAGGACACAUUGGCAACAAGCCGGGUGUGCAACACAUCGAGGUGCAAUUGAACGAAAAGAAUGCGCGUGUGCAGUUCGAUCCAGCGCAGCACACAGCAGAGCAGCUUGCCGAGAUGAUAGACGACAUGGGCUUUGAGGCGAGCCUGGUCACGCCCGCAUCCACAAAUGAAAGCCCUACGCGGAAAAGUUCACCUGCCAAACAGUCGCAGCAACAGGUGUCCACGCCCACGAAUGCUACAAAUGGCAAUGCCACCCUGCUGCCCAUUGAACAGGAGCUGCUGACCAAGUGUUUCCUACACAUACGUGGCAUGACCUGCGCCAGCUGUGUGGCUGCCAUAGAGAAGCAUUGUAAGAAGAUCUAUGGACUGGAUAGCAUACUGGUGGCAUUGCUAGCCGCCAAGGCGGAGGUCAAAUACAAUGCGAAUGUGGUAACAGCGGAAAACAUUGCCAAAUCCAUCACAGAGCUCGGCUUCCCCACCGAGCUCAUCGAUGAGCCGAACAAUGGUGAAGCCGAGGUGGAGCUUGAAAUAAUGGGUAUGACCUGUGCCUCCUGCGUUCACAAGAUCGAGACGCAUGUGCUCAAGUUGCGCGGCGUCACAGCUGCCUCAGUUACGUUGCUAACCAAACGAGGCAAAUUCCGUUACUUGACAGAUGACACGGGUCCGCGUAGCAUAUGCGAAUCCAUCGAAGCGCUUGGCUUUCAGGCCAAGCUGCUGAGUGGUCGGGAUAAGAUGGCGCACAAUUAUCUGGAGCACAAGGAGGAGAUACGCAAGUGGCGAAAUGCAUUCCUGAUUUCGCUCAUCUUUGGCGGACCCUGCAUGGUGGCCAUGAUCUAUUUCAUGAUGGAGAUGACAGACAAGGGGCAUGCGAACAUGUGCUGCCUGGUGCCGGGUCUGUCGAUGGAGAAUCUGGUGAUGUUCCUGCUCUCGACGCCGGUGCAGUUCUUUGGCGGCUAUCACUUCUAUGUGCAGUCCUACAGAGCCAUACGACAUGGCACUACAAACAUGGAUGUGCUCAUCUCAAUGGUGACCACCAUAUCGUAUGUCUAUUCGGUGGCCGUGGUCAUAGCCGCAGUGCUGAUGGAAUUGAACAGCUCGCCCUUGACCUUCUUUGAUACGCCGCCAAUGCUGCUGAUCUUCAUCUCGCUGGGUCGCUGGCUGGAGCACAUAGCCAAGGGCAAAACCUCGGAGGCGUUGUCCAAGCUGCUCUCGCUCAAGGCGGCCGACGCGCUGCUGGUGGAGAUCUCAUCGGACUUUGACAUCACAAGCGAGAAGACCAUAUCCGUGGAUUAUGUGCAGCGUGGCGAUAUACUUAAGGUCAUACCAGGCGCCAAGGUGCCGGUGGAUGGCAAAGUGCUCUAUGGGCACUCCAGCUGCGAUGAAUCCCUCAUCACGGGCGAAUCCAUGCCUGUGGCUAAGCGCAAAGGCGCCGUUGUCAUUGGCGGCAGCAUCAAUCGCAACGGCGUGCUGCUUGUGGAGGCCACACACACGGGCGAGAACACUACGCUGGCGCAGAUUGUGCGCCUGGUGGAGGAGGCGCAGACCUCGAAGGCGCCCAUUCAGCAACUGGCGGAUCGCAUUGCCGGCUACUUUGUGCCCUUUGUGGUGGCCAUUUCCAGCAUCACGCUAAUUGGUUGGAUUAUCGCGGGCUUUAUUAAUCCCGAUCUGGUGCCCGUGGCCAUGGAGCAUAAGAUGCAUAUGGAUCGCAAUACGAUUGUGAUCAGCAAUGCCUUCAAGUGUGCACUCAGCGUGCUUGCCAUUGCCUGUCCCUGCGCCUUGGGCUUGGCCACGCCUACUGCGGUGAUGGUUGCAACGGGCACGGGUGCCACCAACGGUGUCCUGGUCAAGGGCGCCACAGCACUGGAAAAUGCUCACAAGGUUAAGACCGUGGUCUUUGACAAGACGGGCACCAUUACGCACGGCACUCCAAUGACCAGCCGGGUGAGCCUGUUUGUGCCGCCGCAGGUUUGCAGCUUGGCGCGCGCACUGACGAUCAUUGGCGCUGCGGAGCAGAACAGCGAGCAUCCGAUCGCCUCGGCCAUUGUGAACUUUGCCAAGGACAUGCUGAACGUGCAGACGAGCUUUGGCAAGAGCGCGAACUUUCAGUCGGUGCCUGGCUGCGGCAUCCGCGCCGUGGUGUCCAACUAUGAGCAGGCUCUGCGGCAGGCCUGCAAUGCGGAGCGCAUUAUCAACUAUGAGAAUCUGUGGCGUACGCAGCCGCAAAGCGCCGUGGCCAUGGAGAAUGGCGCCAGCAUCGAGCUGUUGCCGUUGCCGCAAAAAGCGAAUCCCAUGGAGCAGCAAUUGCUGGCGCUUGAUGGCAAGCAGGUGGGCGGCGAUGCACAGCCGCUGAUCGAUGGCCCGGAGAUACACGUGCUCAUCGGCAAUCGCGAGUGGAUGCAACGCAAUGCGAUUGAGGUGCCGCUGGAGAUAAGCGACUGCAUGACGCGUGAGGAGCACAAGGGACACACGGCGGUGCUUUGCGCGCUGAACGGGCAGCUGGUGUGCAUGUUUGCGGUGGCGGAUAUGGUCAAGCCGGAGGCCCAUCUGGCUGUCUAUACGCUCAAGCGCAUGGGCAUCGAUGUGGUGCUACUGACCGGCGACAACAAGAACACGGCGGCGAGCAUAGCACGUGAGGUGGGCAUACGCACUGUUUAUGCAGAGGUGCUGCCCUCGCAUAAGGUGGCCAAGAUCCAGCGCAUUCAGCAGCGCGGCGUGCGGGUGGCCAUGGUGGGCGACGGCGUCAACGACAGUCCAGCCCUGGCGCAGGCGGAUGUGGGCAUCACAAUAGCCGCUGGCACAGACGUAGCUGCCGAGGCUGCCGACAUUGUGCUGAUGCGCAACGAUCUGCUGGAUGUGGUGGCCUGCCUGGACUUGUCCCGCUGCACAGUGCGUCGCAUACGCUACAACUUUCUGUUCGCCAGCAUGUACAAUCUGCUGGGCAUACCGCUGGCCAGCGGUCUGUUUGCGCCCUUUGGCUUUACGCUGCAGCCCUGGAUGGCUUCGGUGGCCAUGGCGGCCAGUUCGGUGAGCGUAGUGUGCUCCUCGCUGCUGCUCAAAAUGUAUCGCAAGCCCACAGCCAAAACGCUGCGUACGGCGGAAUAUGAGACGCAGCUGGCGGCAGAGCGACAACGUCGCCUGGGCUCCGAGUCCGAGCUGGACAAGCUGUCGCUGCAUCGCGGCCUGGACGAUUUGCCCGAAGUGGGCGGCGGCAAGCGCUUGGCCUUCAAGCGCUCCAACACUUCGCUCAUCUCGCGCAUCUUUAGCAGCAACGGCCAUGUGGAUGGCGGCAAGCACGAGGAGGAGCUGCUGCAGGAUGCCAACGAGCGCACGCCCAGAAUUCUACAGUCGCGUUAUCUAAGCGACAGCACCGAACUGCAGAAGCUCUGAGCAAACAGCAGCAGCAACAAUGAAACCUACAAAUUGUCAGUGAACUCGUAACAAAUUAUUAUGUAAUAAAAUAUAUUUUUU